CGCCAUUUAAUCGUACGAGUAAUUUCUUUUGUUUACCCCUCUUCUGUACAACUAUAUGGAAGGCCGAUCUCGCUGAAGGCUUCCUGAAGAUGGGUUCAUCUUCUCAGAGUGUCAGAUACAGGAUGGUUUCAAACAAGGAUGACCUCGUUGAUGCCGAGAUCAAUCAGGUUGAGCCUGAUGACCAAGAUACGGGGCUAAGGCCAAAGUCAAGGUUAUCUGAACUCUUUGACAGACAGAGCUACACUGGGGCAUUGCUUUUCAAUCUUGCCGCAUUCAUGCUACCUGCUCUCUAUGGCACAUUGAGCAAAUUAUGGGUUGCCAACAUCGAUUCAAGCCAAGUCGUUACUACUGAUGUGUACACUUACAUCGGUGUAAUCGUUAACGUUCUCAACGAUGGGCUUCCGAGAACUGCCUGGAGCGUCAUCGGGGAUAAAACAACACGAACACCAAGCUCUCGAAUCGGUCUGACGUACACGCUACUCCUGUUCCAGAUCACCUUUGGCGCCAUAUUGACAGUCAUCUUCGUUGCCAGUUCUGACAAACUUGCUGCUGCUUUUGUUCCUUCCGCUGUCAGGGAUACCUCUCUCAGAUAUGUCCGCAUCUCAUCGGUCGAGGCGUUAUCGUCUGCUAUGGAGGUGGCAGUUGCCAGCUCAACCAGAGCCUUGGAUCACCCUGAUGUCCCGCUGCUUAUCAGCUCAAUCAAAUUUAUCGUGAAUAUCGUCCUAGACCUGCUCAUAAUUUCGCGAUUUCAUGUUGGCAACCACGCCCCAACGAUCAAUACGCAGGCAUUAGUGCGAAUGGCUUGUGACCUAACGGCAGCUCUCUCCGGACUGGUAUACUUCCUCCACAUCGCCACCAGGUUUCAAGGACGCUCGAGUUCAAACCCAUCAGACCCGAAACCGAGACCAAGCGUUUCGUCACUGAGAACUCUCGUACGACCUGGAUUCUGGACUUUCAUAGAAUCGGCAUUGCGGAAUUCCAUCUACCUCUGGCUUAUCCAUGGGAUUGUGUCGAUGGGUUCUGACUAUGCCACUGCGUGGGGAGUUUUCAAUACCAUCAGAUGGGGCAUCUUCAUGGUUCCUGUUCAAGCUCUCGAGGCGACCACGUUGACGUUCGUGGGUCAUGCCUGGGGAAAAUGGAGAGCUGAAGUAGGACCGACUUUGAAGAACCCGAAGGCGUCCAAGGAAGACUUGCUUGCCAUCACUCGGUUGGCAUGGCGUUCGUGCCUCAUUGCUCUCGCUUUGGAGGUCCCAAUUUGCAUCCUCCUCUCGAUCUGGGGCAUGAAGCAGUUCGCAUUCUAUCUCUCAGAGUCAGAACCUGUUGCGCUGAUAACUCAACAUAUGUGGAAGACUAUUGAUUGGUGUUACAUAUUCUAUGCGGUCAACUACCAAAUUGCUGCUAUUGUACUUGCCACUACGACUCGAUGGUUUCUCAUCCAGGCUCUUGGCUCUAACCUCCUCUGGAUGCUGCCGUGGGCUAUCGCGGUUACCAGAAUUGGGAUGACUCCUGAGAAUGCUUGGAGCUAUCACUCCAUAAUAUUUGGUGGCGCUCUUGUGUUUGACUUCUUCAACGUGUCUUUGGUGGUGGGUAUCUGGGCGUGGUACCUGAUGAAAGGGAAGAUUUCUUUGGCGCCGGUUCACAGUUCUCUUUGAGGAAGGUAGUGGUCUGCUUUUCCAUGAGUUGGAUAAGGCAACAUGGGAAUUGGGCGGUGAUAUCGGCAGGUCGAGUUUGGUUCUGGCAAGGCUGUACAGAGUACAAAAUGCAAAAAGCAGAAGCAGGGUUUACUUUUUGGUCAGACUACGGACUUCCACUAGAGCGAGAGCGAAGGGAAAGGAAUUACAAAACAAGGGAUUGGCGCACAUCACAUUAUCGCUCUAGUCAGCAAACGAUCAUGGAAAAGC